AUGUCGCUGCUUUCUGACAUCAUCACAUUCAACGCGCGGCGGAUAGCGGAGCGACAGUUGACGGCACGGCUGAGGCUGCCGAAGCCGUCGCUUUUUGUCGACUCGCUCGAAGCCAAUAUGGCCGUCGAAAAUAUGACCCUCAAGCCGUUUGUCCUGUUCGGCGAUGAUCUCAUCGGACGGAGUGGUGACAGCAAACAAUACGGUAUCUCAUCUCGCCUUGGGGCUUGA